AUGGCACCCAUCAUGGAGGGCACACACACCGUGUUGCUCCUGUAUGCACCCAUCCGUGAGCUGAGCAACAUCAGCCUGUAUUUCCCCAAGAGGCGGGCCCCGAGCUUCAAAUACAAGAGCCGCACCCCUCAUUCAGGAAGGGCCGGUAAUGACCAUGACCGGGGAAAGGAGGAUCUCGCGGCGUCCGAACAAAGGGGCCAGUCUUCGUGCUCCUCGGGCAAACUCCUCAUCUCCCAGCAGGCAACAAAGGAGGCAGUUGCAGAGCUCUGCUGGCUGGCGGCGGAGCACCACCAGUUCCUGGCUGAUCUCUUAUCGCUGUGCAGGGAUUGUGCCGUCAAAGUCAGGAUGGGUAACCAGGAUGGGAAACUCCAGGAUUACAUGGAGGGUCAGGAGGUUCACCUCGGGGGUCAGGUUCUCAGCAGCAGCAACAACAUUUCUCUCACAGUGUCUCCAGAGCAGAAGACGGCUAAGAGCAAGAAGCUGAAGAAGCUGGAGGGCAAGAAGUUUGACAGUGCUGAGGAGUUCCUGCACAGCAAGAUGAAGGAGAAGGUUACAUCUGUUCAGCAUCCUGGUUCCACAUCUUCAGCCUCAGUAACGCAGCAGAUCCCAGGUGCUCCAGCCUCAGGCCAUCUUACUGACAGCCCAGCCACUGGCUCUUUUGUCAGCGCAGUCAGUAACCCCAUCCUGCCCAUGGAGGAACCCUUCCAGAUCUCUCGUGAGGGUUGGGACUUCAUGGAGGACAACCGGACGUAUGACCCUGACAUGGAUUUCUGCAGUGACUUCUCAGAGUAUGACGGUGAGCUGGGUUAUGACUCGUCAUACUGCAACCUGAUGGAGGGUCUGACCAGACGGGAAAGCGGGAGCAACCUUCGACCACUGAAGAGGUCGGAUUCCUUGGGUGAGACAUUAUUUGACAAUUCGUCAACGGUCAAGUAUGGUGAACUCAACCAGAGUCACAAAGGGGUGAGGGUGGUGGCCAAAGUGCAGGAUGUGGAAGGGAGGGUGCAACAUGUCAGCCAUACAAGCCCAGGGUUGCAUCCAGGGACUAGCAGCUGCCAGCAGCAAUACAGAGAGUGGAGAGGACCAAACAGAGACCACCUGCUGGGAGUCAAUAAAGAAAAGACAGGUAACAGGCUUUCUGAGGGACUACGCUUGCCCCUAUCCCAUACCACCCAACCUAACCCCCCAGGCAAAUCCCACACAAAGAGCCCCUCUUCCCCAUCUCUUGCCGGGGUCUUCAACACAUCCUUCCCUGCCUCCAACAGUCUCCAGAGCAUGUCCCCGGUCCUGUCCCCUCUGUCCUCCAAGCAGGCAAGCCCGCAGCUCAACCACCGCAUUGUUCUGCUCUCAGAUAAGGACGUAGACCACGAACGAGACAGCUCCAGCAACACGGACGAGCCCAAACUCUUCACCGAGGUCAUUGACAAGAACGGCAACAAGCGCACCGUCACCCGUCUGGAUCUGAACCUCAGCAGGCGGCCCAGCAACUGCAAGUGGAACUCCUCCAGCAACUCCACAACAACAGAGGAUUCCCUCUUGCGUCAGGAUGACAUUUGGAUGCUGGAUGGCGAUGACCCUCAGGAGCCUCUUUCUCGUGUCCCACGCCCAGAUCACCUGGACUUCCUACGCAUCACACCACCUGAGGAUGACAUCAUGGGGGACACACCCUAUUGUCCCAAGCUGGAAUGCACGGUGAGGGCCCUCAAGCAGGACAAACACUAA